CACUUAGCCACCGUGUCACCCCAUUUGUUAGUUUGUAUAGCUUAUUUUCAGCCUAUUUUUCCUUUAGUAUGUGUGUAUUGUGUAGUGGCAGUUUUCUUUAAAGAGGCGCUCUCUGUGGUCAAGAAACAAAGUCUUACCCGGGAUGUCUUUUCAAAGUUUUAUUCUUUGCAAAGAAGGUCACAGUCAUACAGCAACAACAGUUUUUGCAGAGUGGGACACUGAAGUCAAGUGUGUUCACCCUUUUAUCUGGUUUGUACUGCUUGCAAGGUCAAAUCCUAAUAAGGCCCAUUCUGUACGUGCAUGAAGUGCUUCGCUGUUUCUGCUGUAAGUUUCCACUACACAUGUUUAAAUAAAAAUUAAUUUCCAUUACAAUUGUCACCAUCAUUCUGUUGCACUGUUGAAGCUUCAGUCUCAAAAGCAAAUACCUCGUGUAAACAUACCUGCCCUUUCUGAAUCUGGAUUUGGAAUUGCAUACAUUUACUUACUUAUUGUCUUAUUUAUGUAAUGACUUUUCUGACCGACAGGUGGCAGUAUAGUUAUGUCGCUGAGAAGAUCGCAGACUAAUCCGUGAAGAAGUACAGGAGGAAAAGUGCGGUUAGUAAACAUUCCGCUAAAUGUUUCAGGUGUAGAACUAUCUAAAGAUAAUAUAACGUAUAGCAUAAGAGUAAAGCUUAACAUAUAUUCGUAGCGUCGUUCCUGUGGUGAUGUGUUUGGUGUGUUGUUUGUGCUCAUGACGUGAAAUUAGCGACACACGUGCAAGGAGUCGCCAGAAGUUCUUACAGUCUUCGUUUAGGAGAAACUGGAUUUUAUGUUUGUUUCGUCAUGAUUUAAACUUUUUAAAGAUUAUUAACUUACUAUGGAUGAAAUGCCGUCACUUUCGAGUAAUGCCCGCGUUGAUGGGGAAAAGGUAAAGAAAAAGAGAAGUAAACCUACGGAGCAGCAUGAACUCACUGAAAGUCCACAGGAACAGGCUGAGAAACGCCUUAAAAAGAAGGAGAAGAUGAGAAACAGUAUUAGGGAAACGGAUAUUAAUUUGCAAAUAAAGAAAAGAAGAAAGCUAGAUGAUGAAGGCGAGACUCCUGUGUUGGAUGAUGGUGUCUCAAAUCAGCAUGAAGCACAAACACAAGAGCUUCAGGGUUCAAGGGAAGGGAAGACUUCUAAAAGAAAGAAAAUGAGAGAAAAACUGAAACAGACAAACUGUGAAGACAUGGCAAAACAACAGACUGACAUCAGGAGAGAGCAUGAGGAUGAGCCAAACACGAGUGAUCAUGAAAGGGGUCUUCUUGAUAUAAUGAUGGGUACUAAAACACGCAAGACGAAGCAACUACUCUCAGAUGAACCUCUAGUUGAUUUAAAUGCUUUGGAUGAACUGAAUCAAUUUUGCCCUAAAAUCACAUUAGCAUCCCGAAGCGCACGUGAUAUCAAUAAAAUGAUCAGGAUUGACCUGCCAAGGUUCAAGGAAUUCAGAAAACAAGGCAUCGAACUGAGACAUGGAAGAUUUUCUACUGCAGAAAAUGAGAGGUUAAGACAGAACGUAAGCAACUUUCUGGCUCUCACAGGAGUGAAAGAUGCCAUCAAGCUCUUUCAUCCCAAACGAUUCCCUAAAGAAUCCCAAACUCUGGCAAAUUUGAAAAGGAAGUACAGUUUUUUUGUAAAGAUUGCGGAAGGAAUUCCCAGGCCUUGUCAUGAUGUUUACACCCGUGGAACGAAGAUUUAUGAUGAUAGAAACAAAAAGGGAAAUUUUACUGAAGAAGAAGAAAAAUCACUGCUUAAGUAUUAUACACUAUAUGGUCCAGACUGGAAAAAGAUUUCUGACAAGACAGAUCGAAGUUCUUACUCCCUUGAGAAGCGGUUUUCACACCUUAGUAAAAUAAGGGGACCGUGGACUACAAAUGAGGUGCAGAGGCUUUUAAGGGCUGUGCGUGACCAUGUUGUAUCUGUGCUGAAGUCUGCAAACCCCAAAAAAAAGAAACCAAAAAGAGUCAGUAGAGAAAUACUGUACCAAGCAUUACCCUGGUCCAAAAUUGCUGAGAAGGUAAAAACUCGAUGCUGGACCAAAUGCAGAGAUAAAUGGAUGUCCAUACUAGCUUCCCGGAUGUCCUCAGGGAUUACAUUUAGAGGAAGGAAAGCUCAGGAGGCCAAAAUCAAACUCAUUAGAGCGAUGUAUGAAAUGCAAGUGGAGGAUGUUGUGGAUGUUGACUGGGAGCAUCUUACAGCUGUUUUUGGGGAUGUCCCUCCAGCAUAUGCUCAAUCAAGGUGGCACCAGCUUAAAGUCUGCUAUGUGCCAGAUUGGCAAAACAAGUGUUUUGGAGACAUUGUUGACUUUCUCUACGAGAACACUUUGCCAGGUCUGGUAAAAGAGUGCAAAGAUCUUGAUGAUGAUGAACUUACGGUUGACCAGAUGAACAGCUUCCGGCUAGCAGAUAUUUUUCAAGACAUUAAUGAGGAUGAGUGCUGUGACGAUGAUGAACAGACUGGCCAGCAAGAAAACAACCACUCGUCUUAAUCAGCUGUAUAGAUGAAUUGUGAGAAGUCAAUCUAAAUAUUCCAGUGACUUAAAGAAAAUUUUAGGUUGUACAUAUAUUUUUUUUUAUUCUUGUGUUUUUCAAUGAGUUGAUCAGUAAAUAAAUUCAAGUUCUAAUGCAUUUUAAAA